AGCCACUGCGUGGUGCCUGGCUCCUCUACGAGGAGACUUCCAGCAGUCAGAUCUUCCUCGCAAGAGAAUAUGGCCUCCACGGCUAGUGGGUCGGCUUAGAAAUUCAGACCGCCGUUCGACUUCUCUACUGGAUAGCCGCUAUACUGACACAUUCGAGGUGAGAUUUACGAGGAGGCGGGAAAGCUCAACUGUGUGUAUCUCACGCAAAUUCAUCUUUUUACAAGAGCAAAAUUUAUGUGGUGGAACGAGUUUCAUUGCAAGAAAUCAAGAGAUCUUUCUGUCAUCUUUUUCCCUCUUUGGGGUCUUUAUUGAUCUUUGGGUGGUCUAGGGGGGUUAGUGGGUGCAUAGGUGAGGAUGCUGAGCUCUGCUCCAGAUCCCGUUGGAUCUCCUAGCACAGGGCUGUUAGCUGGAGGUUGAGAGCUUAGCUUCCUCUAGCUGACAAGGUCACUUAUUCCACCUCGUUGCAUGGUAUUAGAAAUGAAAUUUAUUGGCCAAGUUAUCAUAAUGGCUCAAUGGUAAGAAUCAUCAUCUCUUGAGCAUGGAACUGAAACAGCAUCCUCACUAUAAAUAUAUAGAUGUGGGUGUGUGUGUCGAAGCACCGGUCUUUCUCUCUCCAAUAGUGACAAUAUGCAAUUCGGAUCAAUUCUAACAGUGCUCACUUCAGCACUCGUUGCUCUUCCAGCAACCAUGGCUUCACGUAUUGCCCAAAACACUUACAGCAACAUCAAUGCAGACUACUGCUAUGAUGACGUGGUGAUAGAACAUGGGGUUUUUUGGUGUUGCUUUGAUACCGUGUUAAGAUUUGGAGGCGCCUUCAUCAACCAUGGUUCAUUUUAUUUGUUCCAUGAUCGUAGAACGGGAACUCUUCUCAAUCUUGGGGUUGUUGGUUGCGACUAUAUCGAGAACUACGGGCUCAUGUACUUCAAUUCGAUCCAUGUCGGGAUCCAAAUUGACUUGAUGACAUCCCAUGUGAAGAACUCGGGUGAUUUCUUCUUUAUGGGUGAAGACGCCUAUAACAGUAAGAUCAAGAUGCCAGGAACUUGGGAAAUCACCAAGACUGGAUCUUUCAACAUGUACUUUGAUUCAAGACCACAGAGAGGUGCUGUGUUGGGCACCGUUGGCACUGUCUUCACCAAUGAUGGACAGAUUUGUUUGAGAAAUGCCUACAUCGAUAGUCUUGUGGUCAAGGGUAAAGGAUGCAUCAACAUUGGAGAAGAUUCUGUGUUCAGAUACCAAAGUAGCACCGAUAUAUUCCCUGCUCUGCAAACGAUCUUUCUCUCAUCCAAGACAUCGAUGUUAUUUGUUGGUGCUGAUAGACAAUACUACGCCUACACGAUUGCCGGUUGGGGUAAUGGGAACUACAUUGUACACAGCUACCCGAUCAUCAAUUAUUCCUACGACACUGACGUUGGGGUUUUGACCGUCGACGCCUCGCAGUACAAUAUAAAGUACAGAAUGAAGUACAACAUUGGAUUGGGGUAUGAUCCGGAAUUGUUUGAACUUGCCUCCAUGGUUCCCUUGGGUUCUGAUCUUGGCUUUUAUUCCAAGACGAAUGCCGGAAUCACCUACUUGGGAGACGUUCCAGCCCUGAGUACCUCCUCCUCCGGGUGCAAACCUUGUAAGGAUGCACCAAUGUUCCCACCAGAGCCUAUAGAGUAAAUGGCUGCAAAAACAUAUCCUCUUCCCUCUUUCUCUCUGCUUAUGUAAGUUUAGUCAAUGAGAUUAUGUAAUUUGUGUUCCUGUCUGUAGUUGGGGUCCAAAAU